UCGUCCCGUUCACGCAUAGCAGUACCUUCUCGCAACAAAUGGCUUCAACGUGUGAAAUGAUGCAAAAACCGUCUCCCGUUGAAGGAGACGAUGGUUUAAUUAACGAGAAAGCCGUGGGCGAGAAAUUGACCGCUGGCGUGUUCCUGAACGAGAACUUCGUAAAAUAUGAUGGAAACAAUUAUUCUAUAGACGGGAGUGCUGUAGGUACUAGUAUGACCCCAGAAAAAGAAAAUAACUCAUCUGCGAGUUCGACGACAUCCGAGGAGCCAUGCGCUGCACUAGCAACAAACGGGAAACCGGCUUAUACGGCGAGUUUUAAUAUCCAGGAAAUGGGAAAGCUCUCUCUAGCCGUUGAAAAUGAAUUGCCAGUACAGGAGAAUGACGACGAGACGGUAAUUGAAGGAUUGCCCGGCACUGAUGAUUCUCCACUCCUUUCGGAGAAAGGAAUGAUAGAUGCUCCAUUUGCUUCAAGCUUCUUAAACGACAUUACGGAUGCUAUCGUCGCCCUUCCUGAUGAGCUUGAUAUCGACUUGCUUGCUUUCGACACCGAGCAACAAGAAAAUGCAAUUUUCUAUCCGCACGUCAAUAUGGAUGAACGUCUUGAAGAUGACUUUUUGAUGGGCUUCCUUAGCUCAGAAGAUGAAAAAGAAUCAACUGGUGACGAACAAGAUGAUGUUGAUUUAAUUGGUUGGGAAUGCUUCUUCGAUAGUUCCGGUGAUGAAAUGACUGACUAUGACUUGAAUGAUUUUAGUGAGGCCACUGACGAUGAGCUCCCUACGUUUUUACCAACAAAAGAGGUUAAUGAGCAACGUGUCUCUUCUCAAUGUGUUGCUGAAGUUCAUGUCAAGGACUCGAACGACUCUGAGGCUUCGGACUUGCCUGUUUUGGGAGUCUGGGCCCUGGAAAUGGAGGAACCCAAUGCCAUUAUUGAUGGCAGUCAUACUCUUCACGUCCAUGAUGACGGUAGUUUUGAAGAAGUUGUGCCGUUUCCUAUUUCUGAGUCUAUAUCCUAUGGAAGUGUUGAUGACACUACAGAAAAAGAGGAUACUAGCGUUCGUGAAACAAAUCUUGAGGAAAUUCUCGAUACUUCUCUUAUUCAAAGCACAAGCAGGUCAACCAUCUCGGAUAGUUGUACAAGUGUUGAGCACAAGGAAGAUAAAUCGCUCAGUCGCUGGGAUAGGAUUCCCAUCGGCACUUUUCGUCGUAACCAGUACAUUCGUUCCAUGGCCAUAAAGGAAGAACUUGUUCGUGAUGAGUGGUGCACGCUUGCACAAAAGACGCGUGAAAAACGCAGACAGAAGCUUCGCUCUGCUGGCGGCGCAAAGUUCAAGUUCAGGAAGGCGCGCCGUGCUUUAAAGCGCCGUGCUCGCAAACUCUCAUUCCAUCAGGUGCAUUCUGAUUUUCAAUCUGCCCUUGAAGAAAGAGAUGGCCUCAAUGACUCUUUUUCAAAAUUGGAACAAAAUGGUUUUGGUUUGACACCAGAACUUUCUCCGUUGUUUGAGACAAUUGGAUUUAGUGAGAUCUAGGGAUUUCACCAGUGUAUAAUUGUCCUAACUCGUAUCAGGAGGGUUAUGUAAAAUAAGUUUCUUUUUUCUGGACUUCUGGACUCAAGUGGUCUACUAGCAAAAUAUUGCUGUGCUUGCUGUUUCUAUUAUAAGCUAGCCAACGUAAACGAGUUUUGUUGCAGGUUACACGUCGCCGACUACUGGUUUGUUGUGCCAUCGUUAAUCUUUGACAUCACCUUGCAGGAUCUCUUUUAUUACGCGAUACCCGUACAAGAGAAACGGUGAUUUCAUGUACGGUCUCUUACAUGGCUUUUCUAUGAUUGCCUUGGGAAUGAUUCCCCAUUUAUGCUUUCCAAAAAAAAAGAGAGAAAAUGAAAAAAAACCAUAAAAAGCUAAGUCACUUGUCUUUACAGGUCCUUUCCGUGGAGUGCAUCUUUUUAAACUUUCACUGCUGCAUUCCGUUCUAUUAUUCUUCCCCUGCCUUUAUUUUUUGUUUCUGCUUUCGUUUGGAUUUUGUUUUCUUCGACUUGUGUAGUUGGGUAAGUCGGAUUCUUGGGUUUGUCUGUGCAUUUUUUGUUUCAUUAAUGAAUAUACUAUAUAUUAUAUAUAAAUUUUAUUAUUCAAAAA